CCAAUUUUCAAUUGCUAUGGGCCUUUCCUUUUUUUAUUCAAGAGGCCCAAUAUUGAGGUCCAGUGAUAUUUAACCCAAACGAGAACCCUCAUUUGAUUCCCAAAUUACAACCGAUAUAAUGAUUCAGGCAGCGGCGAUGCGGCGGAGCUCCUUCUUUUCCUUGAGUUCUCAGCUCCAGCAAUGCAGGGGCAUCCGAGUCAAAGUUAUAAACAGCAAUUUAGAUCAGGCUCUGAUCUUAAUGCAGCGGAAGAUGCAGUCCAGCGGCAUCGAGCGAAUGAUAAAGCAGGAACAGCUCACCCAUGUUAAAAAUUCCGAGAAGCGCGUUUUGGCCAAGAAGAAUUUGGAGCGCAAGAUUCGUGCGCAGGAUCUCGCCCGCAAGCUCAAGACGAUUCUGGUUCAGAAAGUCAGGGGUCUAUAAGAUUAGCUUGAAGGGGGUUAUGUGGAAACCAUUUACAUCUGCCACUUAUAGGUAGUUGAAUUUCCAGUGGUUUGUUGAGGUAAUUUUUUGUGUACAUUGCCAGGGGGGCAGGACCUCAACUCUUGAUGGCAAAACUCCCACCAAUAAAUCAGUCUCCCAAUGCCAAAUAUUUUGAUGUAUGCAAAUUAUCUGUAUUGCUGGUGGACCUUCAAAUUUACUCGAAUUUGUAGAGGGAAUGUUUUACGUUAACUGCCAUAUUUUUUAUCCAGUUUAAUGAACAUAGGUGUUUAAUUUUGACGUA